AUGGGUGCUGCUUACACUAUUCUAGGUAGAACCGUCCAACCCCACGUAUUAGCUUUGGCCACCAUUGUUGGCACGGUGGGCGGUGCUACGUACAAGCUUGCGGGUCCUUCGAAGACACCUGAAACUGCAUUGAACCCAAGUCCGGCCAAUGCAUCCUCUGGAUCUCAAGAAUCUGGAGAUCUGGACAUCGAAAAACUUCUGGAUAAUUACUUGCAACAAGCUGACAAGAAAUAA